CGGGGCUACUCGACAGAGCGCCACCCAGCGGAUCGGAUCGGAUUGGAACGGAACGGAACGGAACGGAACUUCUCUCUCCUUUUUUCUCUCCUCUCUUUUCUCCCCUCUCUGCCCCGUAGAUCCGCCGCCGUUUCUGCUCCAGUCGCCGCGAUCGAUGGCGCUGCGCUGCGGAUCUUCGGGGCUCCUGGUCCGGCGGGGGCUUCGGCUCGCUGUCCGCGCAGGAGGGGCGGGACCGCCUGCUUCUUUACCAGGGCCGUCGGCGGCGGCGCGGGGACACCGCUUGGCCCCCGGGGACGACGAGCUGUACCAGCGCACCACCGUGUCCAUCAUGCGCAAGGAGCCCCACGGCGGAGUCCUCGUCCAGAGCUACGGGCCGCGCGGCUUCACCGUGGACGGCAACCGGGCGGUGGGCCCCUGCGCCCUGCUGCCCCCCGCCAUCCUGCAGUGGAACGUGGGCAGCUAUGAGGACAUCUCGGUUGACAGCCUGUCCCUCUUCCACCUGCUGGAGCCUCGCAUUGAGCUCCUGGUUCUGGGCACGGGGGCCCACGUGGAGCGGCUGAAGCCCGAGGUCCUGGCCUUCCUGAAGACGAAGGGCAUCGCCGUGGAAAUCCAGGACACGCCCAACGCCUGUGCGACAUUCAACUUCCUGUCCGGUGAGAGACGGGUGGUGGCGGCCGGUCUGAUCCCACCUCCCGUCGUCCAGAAGGACGACCCCUAACGGGAAGUGACACCAGAAGAACAACGGCUGCAUCGCUGCGGAGCCUCUUUUCCAGCAAAUGGCUGCAAGUCAGUUCACGGUCCCACCAGUAGGGGGCGUCCUACAACCAUAAAUUUCCCCUCUGGCAGAGGAUGGUGGGAAACGUGUUGGCCACUCUUGACUGAGUGAGUGUGUGUGUGAGAGAGAGAAAGAGAGAAAUACACGUGGCAUGUGGAACCACAAAAUGUUCAAUGUAGUUUCUCCUGAUGACAAUAAAAGUGUAUUUUGCUACA